GAAGUGCAUAGGUCAAGUGAGUUGUAUUCCUAAUCUUUGUAGAGGCUACGAGAAAGGGCUCCAACAACGUGGAAGUGUGUCUGACGAGGACGAAUUCUGGGGAUCCUGACUCUCUUUGACUUCCUUUGUCAAGCCCAAAAGGCAGGCCACGAUAUUUCACAAGCUAGACUCCUGUAGAGCAAGUCACUGGACGACAAGGCAGCAGUACUUGUUAAGACAGCCGUUCCGAAACAGCUGAAAGAGACAAAGAUUCGGGCCGAGCCGAAGCCCGCUCAUGGCGAGGCUAUGGGCUGCAGCGCUCUUGUUACUCCUUGCAGCAGCGUAUGUGUCAGCUAGAGACCUCCAGCAGGCAGCAGGCAAUGCAGACCCGACGAGUCUAGCAGUUAAGAAGAACAACAACAUCCCGCAGCAGGGGUCCAGCAGCAAUAUAAACGCGCAGCGAGCUAUCUCAAAUACUAACACUGGGGCAGUUCAGGCAACAACAAUUCAGCCUCAAAGCACAGAGCGACGCACCCUAGACGAUGUCAACGCAGCUGCACCAACGAUCACGGACCCAGCCACGCAGACUUCGGUGAAACCAGUGGCGUCCAGCCGGGUGGUGGGGGACAGCGCAGCCUCACCUGCAGGAGCAUCACCAGGCUCGACGGUCAGCGCUCAGCCAGCCAGCUCGACGCAAGUUGGAGUCGUGAACCCUUACGAUGUGGUGGGAGCCAACCCACUGGACAGGGAGGUCAUCACAGGAGACUUCAUCUCCCAGCUAGUGGGAGUGCGUAUUGCAACUCCCUUCUUCGGUACCGGAUUCAAUUUCUGUAUCGACCGGUACGUUGGGAGCUUUCCCAAGGUUGGCAUCGUCAUCCCCAACCCAGUGGUGUGGCUGCUGCCGGAGUUCCAGGACUUGGCAGCAUCCCUGACCACCACUCUGAGCCUGCCAGACCUGCUGCCACAUGGCGCCUUCGUCACGCCAACCUCUGACGGCUUCCUCCUCAACCUGCCCUCAUUCCAACCCAGCCAGAUUCCGGACCUGGGUAUACGGUACGGCAUCCAGAUCGGGCAAGCCUUCGGAUACGAUUUUGGAUACGGCAUCAUUAAGGACAUUUGCUUCGUGGACUUUGUCAUUGUGUAGGCAUUGGCCUUUUGCCAGCAGACAACGCAGUGCUCACGUCCAUAAAUGGGAAUGGCCGGCCAAGGAGCUCGAGCCAGUGAGUCCCUAACUGGGACCAGAAGGAGAUGACUGGGAAUGAGCAGUGCAGUACUUGAUGUUUUGACUUGCUGCGCUCCUGAAAUAAGAGAUGCUCAUGGGUUCCAAGGCAAUGAUGGUUAGACAGGGUUGCUGCACACUUUGUGCAAACACUGCUAGCUUGUUGGUAAAUGUUUGGGGCCUUCAGACACUGUUUGGCAGGGUCUAAGCGCCUGCUGGAGUAAGCAGCUUUGUGCAAACUAGCUCUGAGAGUGCACCUGGAUCCUGACAAAGAACAAUGGCUUGUUGGACUGACUAUUCCAAGUGCUGUAAAUGUAGUACCAGC